AAUCACACAAACCCGCCAAGAUGUGCGACGAUGAUGUUGCUGCGCUUGUAGUCGACAAUGGCUCCGGCAUGUGCAAGGCCGGUUUCGCCGGCGACGACGCGCCCCGUGCCGUCUUCCCGUCCAUCGUGGGUCGCCCUCGUCACCAGGGUGUCAUGGUCGGUAUGGGUCAGAAGGACUCCUACGUAGGCGACGAGGCCCAGAGCAAGAGAGGUAUCCUGACCCUCAAAUACCCCAUCGAGCACGGAAUCAUCACCAACUGGGAUGACAUGGAGAAGAUCUGGCACCACACCUUCUACAAUGAGCUGCGUGUCGCCCCCGAGGAGCACCCAGUCCUCCUGACUGAGGCCCCCCUGAACCCCAAGGCCAACAGGGAGAAGAUGACCCAGAUCAUGUUUGAGACCUUCAACUCCCCGGCUAUGUAUGUUGCCAUCCAGGCCGUACUUUCCCUGUACGCCUCCGGUCGUACCACCGGUAUCGUGCUGGACUCCGGAGAUGGUGUGUCCCACACUGUCCCCAUCUACGAAGGUUACGCCCUGCCCCACGCCAUCCUCCGUCUGGACCUGGCUGGUCGUGACUUGACCGACUACCUCAUGAAGAUCCUCACCGAGAGGGGUUACUCUUUCACAACCACCGCUGAGAGGGAAAUCGUUCGUGACAUCAAGGAGAAGCUCUGCUAUGUCGCCCUGGACUUCGAGCAGGAAAUGGCCACCGCUGCCGCCUCCACCUCCCUGGAGAAGUCGUACGAACUUCCCGACGGUCAGGUCAUCACCAUCGGUAACGAGAGGUUCCGUUGCCCUGAAGCCCUCUUCCAGCCUUCCUUCCUGGGUAUGGAAUCGUGCGGCAUCCACGAGACCGUGUACAACUCCAUCAUGAAGUGCGACGUUGAUAUCCGUAAGGACCUGUACGCCAACACCGUUAUGUCUGGUGGUACCACCAUGUACCCCGGUAUCGCCGACAGGAUGCAGAAGGAAAUCACCGCCCUCGCUCCCUCCACCAUCAAGAUCAAGAUCAUCGCUCCCCCCGAGAGGAAGUACUCCGUAUGGAUCGGUGGAUCCAUCCUGGCUUCCCUGUCCACCUUCCAACAGAUGUGGAUCUCCAAGGAGGAAUACGACGAGUCCGGCCCUGGCAUUGUCCACCGCAAGUGCUUCUAAGCGUGCUGUUGAUUGCGCAACUGUUGCUGCAACUGCUGCUGCGGCUGCGUGAUAGUGCUGUGUUGUGGUGUCUCGUUCCGAGUGCGUGACGCAAGCAUUUUGUACGUUGUACGUAGUGAUACCUGACAGAACUGAACAUCUAAAUAUAACGCCAUCUAUUGUAAUGUAAUUUAUUUGUAAAAUUUAUAUAAAUUUAAUUUCUUUUUUAUUUUUAUUAUAUACAACGGGAUCGUUAUGGAUCUCAACGCCAAUGUAAUUAAUAAAUAAACGGUUAAUUUAUUUAUUUUAAUUACAUCAUUUCUUUUUAUACUUA